GGCCACAUUCUUUAUUGCGUUUACUCCAGCCUCGUGAAGCUUCCGGCGCCGCGCCGCCCGCGCGCGGACGCGGAGAACUAUAUGAUAAACCUGCAUCGGUUUCGUCUGCGUCCGGAUCUCCGUCUCCCACGAGCCCACGACGGCGUGCCACUCUCUCUGCGUCCCCACACCUCGCCGCCGUCCUCCUUCCUCCUCGUCGCAGACCGCCCUCGUGAGCAAGCUAGCUAGCUAUAGGGACCAUGUGGCUGUCGCCGCCGCCGUUCCUGUACGCGCCGACGCCGUUCGUGUUGGCGGCGUCGGCGGCGGCCGCCGUCGUGGUAGCCUUCCUGGCCAUCUCGGAGUUCCUCGGCGACAACCUGGCCUACUCCAAGUUCUCGCGCGGCGGCCUCGGCAAGAAGCCGCAGCCGAUCUCCCGGCGCCUGCCGAGCCGCGGCGCGAUGCUGCUGAUCUACGCGCCGGCGCUGGCCGCCGCGCUGGCGUCCUUCGCGGUGCCUGACGCCGUAUCCGGACCCCGCGAGUGCGCCCUGGCCGCCGCCAUCGCCGCGCACUUCCUCAAGCGGGUCCUGGAGGUGGCGUUCGUGCACCGCUACAGCGGGAGCAUGCCGCUGCCCACGGCGCUGCUCAUCUCCUCCUACUACCUCUCCAACGCCAUGGCCAUGGUCUACGUGCAGCGCCUGAGCCGCGGCCUGCCCGAGCCGCGCGUCGACCUGCUCUGCCCCGGCGCGCUCGCCUUCGCCGUCGGCCUCGCCGGCAACUUCUACCACCACUGGUUGCUCUCGAGGCUGAGGGCCGGUCACGGCGCCGGCGGCGGAGACGGCGGAGAGAAGGCGUACAGGAUCCCCACGGGGGGUAUGUUUGGGCUCGUCGUCUGCCCGCACUACCUCUUUGAGAUCGCCGUCUUCUUCGGCUUCGCCAUGAUCUCGCAGACGCUCUACGCGCUCACCGUCGCGCUCGGAACCGCCGCGUACCUCGCCGGCCGGAGUUACACCACCAGGAAGUGGUACGCGUCCAAGUUCGAGGAGUUCCCGGCGAGCAUCAAAGCUCUUGUGCCGUACGUGUGGUGAUCCUUCGAUCGGCAGGCUGGGAGAGCACGAGAUGAGCGCUGACUUUGUGCGAACUAGCACUAUCAGAGUACGGUUAUCUGAAUCGCACGAUUUGAACUGGAAAUUCCAUUAGAACUGGACCCGAAGUUUUUUUCCUUCUAUUAUGAUAAAAAAAUUCAGCAAUUGCCCGGUUGACCAAAGAGCGGUUGGUUUAUUAUUAUUAAUUGAAAAUGCUUGAUUUCAUUUAGCAUGCGUGAUACUCGUUGUGUUUUUUUUUUUGUCAUGAAAGGCUGUACCAAAGUUUUGGAACAAGUUCUUUUCUGCUUC